UGCUGAGCUUUGAUCAAACGAAGAUGGACAACGAAAGCAUCUCGCACGCAUCGGGUGGACUGGGUAGCACGUUGAUUGUUUCCUCUUUUUCGGCAGCUGCAGUUCCGAACUGGUUCGGUUGGAUGCACAAUUUAUCGCUACCCCUGUUGGUGGUGUUUCUGCUGCCCUGGAUGUAUGUGCUGCUCAUUUUGUCCUCCAUUCCGUACUUGCAUCUAUGCAAUUUUCUGCGGUUGCGUUUUUGGAAGCAAAGUAAUGAAGAUGAGUUCUGGAAAACGGCUCGAUGGAUAAUGGCUUACGUGUGGAACCUUCACAGUAAACUGUUUCAUGGAUACGAAGUAAUCGGGCUGGAGCACCUACCGGAAACGGGUGGCGGCGCACUGCUGAUCUACUACCACGGUGCGCUGCCCAUCGACAUGUACUACCUGACGGCGGAAACGAUGCUGAAGUGCAACCGGCUGAUUCACACCGUUGGCGAUCGGUUUCUGGACCGCAUUCCCGGCUGGCGGCUCGUUUCGCGCGUAAUGAACGUUACCUCCGGCUCGGUGCAAUCGUGCGUGGCAACGUUGCGUGCCGGUGAGCUGCUGUCGAUUGCACCGGGCGGCGUGUACGAGGCCCAGUUCGGCGACAGUGUGUACGAGGUGCUGUGGAAGAAUCGGACCGGAUUCGCCCGAGUGGCGCUGGAAGCCAAAGUGCCCAUCAUCCCCAUGUUUACGGUGAACAUACGCGAAUGCUUCCGUACGGUAUCGUUUGCCAAGUGGUUGUUUGUGCGGCUGUACAGCGUGUUGAAAGUUCCCGUGCUGCCCAUUUACGGCGGCUUUCCGGUCAAGUUGCGCACCGUGCUCGGCAAACCGAUCCCGUACGAUGAGACGCUCAGCCCGGUCGCUUUGCAGGAGCGCGUGGCGGCUGCUAUUGCCGAGCUGGUACGGGAGCAUCAGCGUGUACCGGGCGAUAUACUGCAAGCGAUUGGCGAUCGAUUUGAAACGAUGCAUGCCGUAGGGCAGCGUGAAGAGGAGGAUACAAAGCUGUGAGCAGGCGGGAGUAUUGCGUGUAAGUGGCGUCGUUGACGGUUUUAAUCUGUUUUAAAAGUGUGCUAAUUAGCUGCGUUGUGUAUUAUUUAUUGUUUAACAACCUACGAAUAAAAUUGUUUUAAUUGAUUUUAAAGUAACCGUAAUAUUUAAAAUAGGGAUUUUAAAGAAAAGCAGGAAAUUCAAAUUUUAUAGCAUCCUAACGGCACAGUGGUCGAUUACAGUUUUGUUUUAUUAAAAUAUUUUUAUUUUAAAUUAAUUUAAUUAUACACGAUUGUAGACCU